AUGGCGGCGGAGCGACAGGACGCGCUGAGGGAGUUCGUGGCCAUCGCGCUAGCGAGCUUUUAUGAGGACGGAGGGGAUGAAGACAUUGUGACCAUUUCGCAGGCAACCCCCAGUUCAGUGUCCAGAGGCACAGCCCCCAGCGAUAAUAGGGUGACAUCCUUCAGAGACCUCAUUCAUGACCAAGAUGAGGAAGAGGAGGAGGAGGAAGGCCAGAGGAGCAGGUUUUAUGCUGGGGGCUCAGAAAGAAGUGGACAGCAGAUUGUUGGCCCUCCCAGGAAGAAAAGUCCCAAUGAGCUGGUGGAUGAUCUCUUUAAAGGUGCCAAGGAGCAUGGAGCUGUAGCUGUGGAGCGAGUGACCAAGAGCCCUGGGGAAACCAGUAAACCAAGACCAUUUGCAGGGGGUGGCUACCGCCUUGGGGCAGCACCAGAGGAAGAGUCUGCCUAUGUGGCAGGAGAAAGGAGGCAGCAUUCCAGCCAAGAUGUUCAUGUAGUGUUGAAGCUCUGGAAGAAUGGAUUCAGCCUGGACAAUGGUGAACUCAGAAGCUACCAAGACCCAUCCAAUGCCCAGUUUCUGGAGUCUAUCCGCAGAGGGGAGGUGCCAGCAGAGCUGCGGAGGUUAGCCCAUGGUGGGCAGGUAAACUUGGACAUGGAAGACCAUCGGGAUGAGGACUUCGUGAAGCCCAAGGGGGCUUUUAAAGCCUUCACUGGAGAGGGUCAGAAACUGGGCAGCACUGCCCCCCAGUUGUUGAGUACCAGCUCUCCAGCCCAGCAGGCAGAAAAUGAAGCCAAAGCCAGCUCUUCUAUCUUAAUCAACGAGUCAGAGCCUACCACAAACAUCCAAAUACGACUUGCCGACGGUGGGAGACUGGUGCAGAAAUUUAACCACAGCCACAGGAUCAGCGACAUCCGACUCUUCAUCGUGGAUGCCCGGCCAGCCAUGGCUGCCACCAGCUUUGUCCUCAUGACUACCUUCCCGAACAAAGAGCUGGCUGAUGAGAGCCAGACCCUGAAGGAAGCCAACUUGCUCAAUGCUGUCAUCGUGCAGCGGUUAACAUAACCGCCCCACCGGCUGCCUCACCACCCUCCUUGUUUCCCACGGCCGGCAGCUAUGCCCGUGGGCAUCUCCUCUCCCACCCCAUUGUGCACACCCAGCAGUCCAGUGCCACGUUUCCUUCGUAGCUCUGGGUUCUUAGAUCUUGGUUGGACAUUUGUUUUCUCCUUAGUUGCAUUUCCUGGGUUUUUGUGAUGAUCAAUGGACUUUAAUGAAAAGAAAAAAAAUAAAAACAACCAAAAAAAUUGAAGGAAUAUCACCAGCAUGUUGUACAGAAACUCUCCCACUGAAGCAGGCUUUGAUUGCUUUAAACUCAUACUUACCUUGGGGACAUGUGGGGUGGAACCUUCCAUCUUUUCGCAUAAAAAUUGCUUGUGGCACAUAACACUCAUCCAAACUGUGUGUCCCACCCACCACCCCCAAAGAUGACUAUGUGGAGGAUAUCCCCCAUUAUGGGCGGGUGGGGGAGGAUGUGUAGAAAGAGACUUUACAGCUAUGUGCUCCAACAAGAAUAUAUAACUUAGAUAAAACUGGGCAGCAGCAAGAGUCGCCUGAAGUGUGAGGUCAGACCUAGCUGCACACAACUCCUUCAGGGGAAAAUAACUACUUCCCUAUGCUCCUUUCACUCAAGCCUUGGGAAAUCAACACUCCCCAGACCUUGGCCAGUUGAGAUUCUACACUACCUGUCUGCCCCAGCCCUUUCUUCCUCAUUAUCCAGGCUGCUCUGCCAUUGCUUUAUUUACUCCACGUGGAAAAGUCUUAAGUGUACCUAGGAGAUAGAUGAGGUAUUUGUUCAUUAGAAUACAGCUCAUGCCAACCCAGAAGUUCAGAAUCAGUAUAUCUUGGUUAGAGAAACAGAAUCAAAAUGCCACUGAGCUAUUCACUAAUGGUGUAUGGCAAAUCAGCUGCUGAAGAAGGGGUGGAUUUCCUGUGCUACAACCACUUUUUACUGUGUUGGUGUUUGCAAGAAGCUUCUGCUGAGGGAAUUUUGAGGGUAGGUGAAACAUCAGCACAGGGCUUUGGUUUGCAGGUUCCGCUCCACAGUUGUUCUCUGCCUACUAACUUCUGACUUGCAGACACUUUGGCAGUAGUCCCAGCCUGAUAAAGACCCUCCAUCCCCAUAAUUUGCUUUCUGUGCAAAUUCGGGAGAGGAGGACCCUUGGGCUUCUGGAUGGAAUCCUUUCCCCUUCCCUCUUAAAUGAACCACAGACUUAGAAUCAACACUGACUUGGAAUCUCCUGGUGUCGAAUCAUUACGUGCCUCGAUCCUCUUUCCAAGCAGUCAUCACCAGUCACUCACUUUUCCAGUUCGCCCACUGCAAGGAGCCAAGAAUGCACACCAUCCACUCAGAGCUGCGGAAGGGCUUCUGGCAUAACAAAGACCUAUCCUGAGAAAGGGACUUGGUGCUUCCAAUCCCAAACUUCCCAAACUGGCAGUGGCCAGCCGGAGCUGCAGCGUCUGCCAGUAUUUCCUCCAGCAGGUGGAGGUAAAAGUGGAAACUAAAUGUGGGUCUGGAAAAAUUAAGUUAUUGUCACCUUGACCAUUAAAAACCAGAAUGAGGAU